AUGGAUGCAGCAGAAUUUCCCUUAUUCGUCCAAAUUCAACUUUUUAUGUUGAACAAUGCAUCUUUACGUUAUACAAAAAAAUAUAUAUUUAAAGGAAGAGCAUUCGAUAUGCGAUCAAACAUUUGUGCACUCCAAACACUCCAAACAAAUGGAAUGUUACCGAUUUUAAUGUCAGUAUCCAAUCAUGGUGUUUUUAACAAAACCGUUCAAUCCCAAUCCACAAAAAAAGCUUUCCCACAACAAGUCCAACUCAGUUUCAAUCCCUGUUCCAUUCGUUUCUCCAAAGAUAAAGUCGCUCCCUUAUCUUACUUAUUUGCCGAUACAAUGCCUUUGGAAUACGCUCUUCAACACAGAGGUUAUUUCCCCGAUCCUGGUCCUUGGAAGAUCCCUCAAACUCGAGAGGUUGUUCUACGAGACACACUUGGGAUUGAAGCUCUUCCUCGACAACGCUUCAACAAGACAAAAAGAACCCCUUAUGUUCUUAAUAUUAUGGUUGUUGGCGAAAGUGGUCUUGGAAAAACUACUUUUAUGAAUACUCUUUUUAACACACCUCUUAAAGAAGAAAUCCAUCCUAAAAAUCCCCAAUCCACACAAACAGUGGAAAUUAGCCCCGUACAUUAUGAAUUGGUUGAAGACGGAGUUACUCUUAAUCUUACUGUUGUUGACACACCUGGAUUUGGUGACCAACUUAAUCGAGAACACAAUCUUGAUCCUAUUGUAGAGUAUAUUGAUAAUCAAUUUGAGGCUUACCAUGCAGCUGAACGUAGCCCCGAAUUUAGACGUGCCAUUCCAGAUACUCGCAUACAUGCUCUUUUAUACUUCAUUGCUCCAACUGAACUCGAUAUUAAGUCUCUUCAAGUUUUGUCCGCCAAAGUAAACGUAAUUCCAGUUAUCGCAAAAGCUGAUACACUCACACAAGAAGAGAAGGCUGCAUUUAAGAAAACCGUAUGUACAUUCAUGUCAAUUUUUCCAACUGCAUAUCCUGAUGAUCGGGAAAGUGUUGAAGAUCUUGAGAAAUAUAUCCCGUUCACUGUAAUUGGUAGUGAUCAAUUCGUGGAUGUUGGUGGAAAAAAAGUGCGAGGAAGAUCAUAUCGAUGGGGUGUUGUUGAAGUUGAAAAUGAACAGCAUUGUGAUUUCAUUCAUCUUCGUGAACUUCUCAUGACACAUGCCCUUCACGACCUUCUUGAGACAAGUCAUACAGUGCAUUAUCAUAAUUAUCGUGCCCAAAAACUUCGUUCUAGUGGUCGUCCAGAAUCGAUUCUUGCUUGUGAUGAUUCCUAUGAACACAGAAUUGAAAGAAGCAAACAAAGUAUGGCGGAAGAAAUGAUUAAGAAAGAGGAGGAAAUGCGACAAAACUUUGUAAUGAAGGUUAGAGAAAAAGAAGCAAACUUAAGAGAAAGAGAGGAACAGCUCAACCAACGUCGACAACAACUUAUGGCAGAAUUAGAAGAACAACGUUUAGCGCUUGCAUCAGAGGAGCGUGAAUUCCAAGAGUUAUAUAAUGCCAAUCGGAGUGCAAGGUAG